AUGCAUCUGUCACUACUCCCCUUCCUCUCUGUCGCCGCUAGCGGCGCCGUCGCCGAGAAGCUCCUCUACCGCAACACCUUCAACAGCAGCGCCGCAAUCUCUUCCUGGGUCGCCGAAGGCCCCGUCACGGCCAAUGUAACCAACAACACGCUCACGCUCGGCGGCGCCGGAAACAUCGACGAUUAUUUCGUGUACUGGCUGCCCGAGAUCUUCCCCGACCGAAUCAGGAUCUCGUGGGACUUCCAGCCCGUCCAAGAACCCGGGCUGGCUAUGUUCUUCUUCGGCGCAACGUCCGUCUCGGGUGGAAGCAUCUUCGACCCUACCCUCAAGCCGCGGAAUGGAAGUUACCCACAGUACCACUCCAGCGACAUUCGGCUGCUGCACGCAAGCUACUUCCGCAGGAGGUGGCCCGAGGAGAGGGCGUUCCAUGUCGCGAAUUUGAGGAAGAGCCCGGGGUUCAACCUGGUUGCGCAGGGCGCGGAUCCAAUUCCUGAUGUUGCCGAUACGCAGGGCGCGUACUAUAAUAUCACGGUUGUGAAGGAUAAGAGGGAGGCCAGCUUCUACAUCAACGGGCUAGAGAUUUUCAAGUUUGACGAUACAAAAACAGACACUGGACCGGUUGUGAGAGAGGGUAGGAUCGCAUUCCGUGGUAUGCAGCCUUUGAUUGCAAAGUAUCGUAACCUGGAGGUUUGGUCUUUGUAA